AUACUGCCCCCUUAUACUUUCAGUACCUUGAUUCGGAUGUUCAUUAUCUUAGCUCCGGCGUUUGGGAGGAUUUUGGUCAACUAUAUGACUAUUUGAAAAAUCGCAUCGAUUUUGUGGGUCCAUUGGAAAAUUACAAGUUCAUUGUUGGUGAUAAAGAAAUGAAUUUUGGUUGGUCAAAAAUGCAAAUUAUCGACUUCCUUAAACAACAAAAAUGUUCGAUUGAUAAUCCAGUCAAGAUAUCUGAUAAAAAAAAAGGAAAAGCGAAUGAACCGUCAAAAGAUCCGUCAUAUCGUCCUAGAAGUGAAGAAGACGAAGAAAUU